AUGACAAUAAAAAAGAACAACAGUGGCAUGCAUAACAGAAUAUUCUCCUCGUGCAUACCUUAUACGUUAAACAUUGAACUUACAAAUCUGCAUACCUUACCUCAUCACGACAACCCAUCUAGCUUAGCUGUUUGCUUCAAGCAGAAAUACUCUACAAUAUCUGGAAAAGUUCUAUUUGAUUUUGGUUGUUCUAAGUCACAGUUAUGCAGCCAGUCAUUAGGAACAAUAUUCGGAAGAAGAGAAGAAGGUCAUCACAUCGUUUGCGAAGCAUGUUGUAAUAAUUCUAGGUAUUGCAACGGAGAACUUCGAUGUGACCCCGCUAUAAAACAAAACAACACCCAUCUACCAAGAGAAUGUUCAGAAAUAAUAUCGUCAAAUUUGAUUAAUGGAAUUAACAAUAUCUAUCCAUUCAAUUCGCAUAUAGCUGUCCCAGUAUUCUGUGAUAUGACCACUGAAAAUAAAACUUGGACGGUAAUACAAAGAAGAUACAAUGGUUCUGUUGACUUCUUCAGAGAUUGGUUGACUUAUAAAGAGGGUUUUGGUUCUGUUGAUGGCGAAUAUUGGUUGGGAAAUGAUAUAAUCCAUCGCAUAACAUCAAGUGGUAACCAUGAACUUAGAAUCGACUUAUCAGAUUUCGAGGGCAAUGAUCGAUAUGCAAAGUAUUCCAGUUUUCUCGUUGGUGAUGAGUGGAGUCAAUACCAGUUACAUGUAUCAAACUAUUCAGGGGAUUCAGGAAACUUUCUCAUGCACCCAAAAUACAACCAUAACGGAAUGCCAUUUUCUACUUAUGAUCAUGAUGCUGAUGACUCCCCCCUUAAUUGUGCAGCGCAAUACAAAGGAGGUUGGUGGUAUUCCCAUUGCCUGAUCGCUAACUUGAAUGGACGAUACCUAUCGGGUCAUCAUAAUUCUUUUGCUGAUGGUAUUGACGUCAUUAUAUGGCAUGGCACUCAUUAUUCAUUAAAGACGGUUACUAUGAUGAUCACCAAGAUAAAUCUGUAGAAACUAAAAUAAAAUUGAAUUACUUUUAUGAUAUACCAUUCAUCUUGUCGAAGACUAUUCACAGAAACGUGUGUCAUGCACUUAGAAAUCAAUCUAUCACAAUUCGACUGUUUGUCGUCCAUUUAAUGGUUGACCCUCUGUGUCCGAGAUUGUCA